AGUUGCGUGGGGUUUACCUUGUGACACUAUUACAACAACUUUGUGUUGGUACCGGUUAAGUUUGUAAUUCUAAGAAUUUCUCUUGGGCUGUCCAGCAUUGAGCGCUUUUGUGUUCUUCUGGUCACCACCUGCCUCGUGAUGUGAUCUGGUAGAGGAGCCUUGUAGCCCCUGCAUCUGCAGUUUUCGCCUGUGCUUUGGAGUUUCAGGUCGCGACCGUCUGCGUGCUGUCGCUAUAAAGUUGCUUAGUCUCAAGCUGUGUUUGAGAUCACCAUUUGAAGCUCUGAACAAGGUGGUGAGUGGGCGUCAACGUGGGAGUUACAAAUUUGCGGCGUUUCCAUGAAAUCCUGUGCAUUGUCGCUUGCUACUGCCGCGGCUACAUUUGGUGAUGAGGAAAAGAAAAUGGCGGCGGAAAAAGAGAGCGGCGAGAGCGAAGAGGGGUCCCUCACCUUGACAGUGCAGGAGAGGGAGGCGCUCGGUGGAUUGGACAGUCGCCUCUUCGGGUUCCUGAGUCUUCGCGAAGAUGGCGCCAGUAUGAAAACCCUACUGGGCAAGGCUGUUCACUGCUACGAAUCUUUAAUAUUAAAAGCGGAAGGAAAAGUGGAGUCUGAUUUCUUUUGUCAAUUAGGUCACUUCAACCUCUUAUUGGAAGAUUAUUCAAAAGCAUUAUCUGCAUAUCAGAGAUACUACAGUUUACAGGCUGACUACUGGAAGAAUGCUGCCUUUUUAUAUGGUCUUGGUUUGGUCUACUUCUAUUACAAUGCAUUUCAUUGGGCAAUUAAAGCAUUUCAGGAUGUGCUUUACGUUGACCCCAGCUUUUGUCGAGCUAAGGAAAUUCAUUUACGACUUGGGCUUAUGUUCAAAGUGAACACAGAUUAUGAAUCCAGUUUAAAGCAUUUUCAAUUGGCUUUGAUUGACUGUAAUCCCUGUACUUUAUCCAGUGCAGAAAUUCAGUUUCAUAUUGCCCACUUGUAUGAAACCCAGAGGAAGUAUCACUCUGCAAAAGAAGCUUAUGAACAACUCUUAAAGACAGAAAACCUACCUGCACAAGUAAAAGCAACUGUAUUGCAACAGUUAGGUUGGAUGCAUCAUAAUAUGGAUCUAGUAGGAGACAAAGCCACAAAGGAAAGUUAUGCUAUUCAGUAUCUCCAAAAAUCACUGGAGGCAGAUCCUAAUUCUGGCCAAUCUUGGUAUUUCCUUGGAAGGUGUUAUUCAAGUAUUGGGAAAGUCCAGGAUGCAUUUAUAUCCUAUAGACAAUCUAUUGAUAAAUCAGAAGCAAGUGCAGAUACAUGGUGUUCAAUAGGUGUGCUCUAUCAACAGCAAAACCAGCCUAUGGAUGCUUUGCAGGCCUAUAUUUGUGCUGUACAAUUGGACCAUGGGCAUGCAGCAGCCUGGAUGGACCUAGGAACUCUCUAUGAAUCCUGCAACCAGCCUCAGGAUGCCAUUAAAUGCUACUUAAAUGCAACUAGAAGCAAAACUUGUAGUAGUACUUCUUCACUUGCAGCAAGAAUUAAGCUAUUACAGAAUGGUUCUGAUAACUGGAAUAGUGGCCAAACUAUUUCACCUCAUCCAGUACAGCAACAAGCACAUUCAUGGGGUUUGACACCACAGAAAUUACAGCACUUGGAACAGCUGCGUGCAAAUAAAGAUAAUUUAAAUCCAGCUCAGAGACUGAUGCUGGAACAGCUGGAAAAUCAGUUUGUCUUAAUGCAGCAAAGAAUGAGACAAACAGGAGUUGCUCAGGUACAAACUACUGGAAUUCCUAAUGGGCCAAUAUCUGACUCAUCACUGCAUACAAACUCUAUCUCUAGCCAGCAACCACAUGCAGCUCUGACCAGAGCACCUAGCAUCUCUCAGCCUGGAGUUCGCCCUGCUUGUCUUGAAAAGCCUUUGUCCAACGGACCUUUUUCUGCAGGCUAUGUUCCGUUCGGCAUAUCAGAAACUCUAGGGAAUACAGACACUAUUUUGGUAGGCAAUAAUUAUAUAAAAGGAAGUGGAAGUAAUGGAAAUGUGCCUUACCUGCAGCAAAACACAUUCACUCUACCUCAUAACUGCACAAACCUGACCAGCAUCACAGGAGAGCCAUGGAGAAAACAACUGUCUAACUCUGCUCAGGGGCUUCAUAAAGGUCAGAGUUCACAUUUGGCAGGAUCUAAUGAUGAACAACCUCUCUUUCCUACUGGGUCUACUCAGUAUCUCCAGGCAGCUUGCACUAGUAGUCAAAAUCAAAAUGGACCUCACACUCUGCCUAGAAAUUCAGUACUACAGGGGGAUACUCUCAAUCACUUCUCCUCUCAUAUUGCUACCUCAGGUGGACAAAAAGGUAUUACCUUUACCAAAGAGAGCAAACCUUCAAGAAAUAGAUCCUUGGGGUCUGAAACAAGGAGGCAAGAUGGAGAUACAUCUAAUAGCUAUGCUGGUGUCAAGGAACUUUCUAAUCAUGUACAUCAGGCGACAACAAUUUCUAUUUCCAGUCUUAACCAUGGAGAUUCUAUAUCACCAAAUUUAAUAAUUUCGGACAAUCCUCAGCUUUCUGCCUUGUUAAUUGGAAAAACCAAUGACAGUGUGGGCCCUGGAACUUGUGAAAAAGUCAAUAAUACUCAUCCAGCUAUUCAUACAAAGACUGAUAAUUCUGUUGCCUCUUCACCUUCUUCAGCCAUUUCCACAGCUACACCAUCUCCAAAGUCGACUGAGCCGACUAGCACACACAGUGUUACCAGCCUUAAUAGUCCUCACUGUGGGUUACACACGAUUAAUGGAGAAGGGCUAGAGAAUUCACAGAGCUCUACAAAAAUAGAUCUGCCUAUAAUUAACCUCAAAUCUGAUCCUCAGAUUAUACCAUCAAUGUCUGUAUCCAUAUACUCCAGUUCAACAGAAGUUCUAAAGGCAUGCAGGAAUCUAGGGAAAAAUGGCUUGUCUAAUAGUCACAUUUUGUUGGAUAAAUGUCCACCUCCACGACCACCAGCUUCACCGUAUCCUCCCUUACCAAAGGAGAAGUUGAAUCCACCCACACCUAGUAUUUAUUUGGAAAAUAAGCGCGAUGCUUUCUUUCCUCCAUUACAUCAAUUUUGUACAAACCCAAAAAACCCUGUAACAGUAAUACGAGGCCUCGCUGGAGCUCUUAAGUUAGAUCUUGGACUUUUCUCUACCAAAACUUUGGUAGAAGCUAAUAAUGAACACAUGGUAGAAGUGAGGACACAGUUGUUGCAACCAGCAGAUGAAAACUGGGACCCAACUGGUACAAAGAAAAUUUGGCGUUACGAAAGUAAUAGAUCACAUACCACAAUUGCUAAGUAUGCACAGUACCAGGCCUCUUCCUUCCAGGAAUCAUUGAGAGAAGAAAAUGAAAGAAAAACACAACUUAAAGACUAUUCAGAUAAUGAAUCCACAUCUUCAGAUAAUUCUGGAAGGAGAAGAAAAGGACCUUUUAAAACCAUAAAAUUUGGGACCAACAUUGACCUCUCUGAUAACAAAAAGUGGAAGCUGCAGUUACAUGAGCUGACUAAACUUCCUGCUUUUGUACGUGUUGUAUCAGCAGGAAAUCUUCUAAGCCAUGUUGGUCAUACCAUCCCAGGCAUGAAUACAGUUCAAUUAUAUAUGAAAGUUCCAGGCAGUAGAACACCAGGUCACCAAGAAAAUAACAAUUUCUGUUCUGUUAACAUAAACAUUGGCCCAGGUGAUUGUGAAUGGUUUGUUGUACCUGAAGAUUAUUGGGGUGUUCUGAAUGAAUUCUGUGAAAAAAAUAAUUUGAACUUUCUAAUGAGUUCUUGGUGGCCAAAUCUUGAAGAUCUUUAUGAAGCAAAUGUUCCAGU